AUGACGGUGAAAGUUGGCAUCAACGGAUUCGGCCGGAUCGGUCGCAUUGUCUUUCGCAAUUCCUUCUCCCAUGACGAACUCGAGGUUGUUGCUGUCAACGACCCAUUUAUCGAUCCCAAGUAUGCACAAUACAUGCUCAAAUAUGAUUCCACCCACGGCCGCUUCGAGCACGAAAUCUCCCAGGACGAAGGCUCUCUCACCAUCCAAGGGCGCAAGGUGAAGUUCUACGCCGAGAAAGACCCCGCCCGCAUUCCCUGGCACGAAACUGGAGCCGAGUACAUCAUCGAGUCCACCGGCGUCUUCACGACGGUCGACAAAGCCAAAGCACAUCUUCGCGGCGGAGCCAAAAAAGUCGUCAUCUCGGCUCCGUCCGCUGAUGCCCCGAUGUACGUGAUGGGGGUCAACGAGGAGAAAUACGACGGCACGGCGGACGUGGUGUCCAACGCAUCGUGCACCACGAACGCUAUCGCUCCCUUGGUCAAGGUUAUCAAUGAGAAGUUCGGCUUCACUGCUAUCCAUGCGUACACCGCGACGCAGAAGCUGGUUGAUGGGCCUUCGUCCAAGGACUGGAGGGGUGGGCGUGCAGCCGCGGAGAAUAUCAUACCCAGCAGUACUGGUGCCGCGAAGGCGGUUGGUAAGGUGAUCCCGGAGCUGCAGGGUAAGGUCACUGGCAUGGCUAUGCGGGUGCCAACCUCGGAUGUCUCCGUCAUUGAUUUGACGUGCCGGAUUGAGAAGAGUGCGACCUAUGAGGAGAUCGUGGCGGCGAUCAAGGAGGCUGCUCAUGGGCCUCUUAAGGGUAUCCUGACCUAUACCGAGGAUGAUAUUGUAUCCAAGGACAUAAUCGGAAACCCACACUCGUCCAUCUUCGAUAUCAAGGCUGGUAUCUCGCUGAAUGCCAAUUUCGUGAAGUUGGUGAGCUGGUACGACAAUGAGUGGGGAUAUAGUCGUCGAGUGCUGGAUCUGGUGGCCCAUAUCGCCAGUGUCGAUGCUCGAGAGUGA